AAUUUUCGAGAGCAAGGAGGAGGAAGCAACGCGAAAAUGGGAAGCGCACCAGCGCAGAUUCCAACGAGCUUCGGCCAUGAACUGAGGGCUUGCCUUCGCUGCAGGCUCGUCAAAACCUACGAUCAAUUCAGAGAGUCAGGUUGUGAGAAUUGCCCUUUCUUUAAGAUGGAGCAUGACAAUGAGCGCGUCGUGGAUUGCACUACUCCUAAUUUCACAGGGUUAAUUUCACUCAUCGAUCCAACCAAAAGUUGGGCUGCCCAAUGGUUUCGAAUUGGUAAAUUUGUCCCUGGUUGUUAUACCCUUGCAGUUUCAGAGGCACUACCAGAGGAGAUGCAGAACAUAUGUGAGGAGGAGCGAGUGCAGUAUGUGCCACCAAAGCGCGCAUGAGCUCUGCUUAUGUGCUUCUCA